UCAUCCUGACUAAAGCAUUAUGAAGAAAGAGCAAGUUGCUAACUGUCAGUUCUCGGUUUGGUAUCCUUUAUUUAAGAAACACACGAUUAAAAGCUUGAUUCUUCCUCUGCCUCAGAAUGUAAUCGAUUACCUUUUGGAUGACGGAACAUUAGUGGUUUCGGGAAGCAACGACAACAAUAAUCAACCUUCACAGAACAACAACAGCGGAUCAGAAAUCGAGGACGAUGUUCAGUGGUCUGACGAUGAGACAACAACCGUCGUCACGGCUCCAGAAUUCCCAGAAUUUAGCUCAGAAGUUCAGGAAGCUAUAAACUCCCUUGGUGGACGCGUCUUCCCUAAACUGAACUGGAGCGCCCCACGGGACGCUAACUGGAUUGCCCUGAAUAGCUCUUUGCAGUGUCAGAGUCUCAGCGAUAUCUUCCUCCUGUUUAAAAGCUCCGACUUCAUCACGCACGAUCUCACACAGCCGUUCCUUCAGUGCAGCGACGACUCUCCAGACCCUGUUAUACACUAUGAGCUCGUGCUGAGGAAAUGGAGUGAGCUCAUUCCUGGAGGGGAAUUUCGCUGCUUUGUGAAAGAGAACAAGCUGAUUGGAAUCUCUCAGAGGGACUACACACAACAUUACCAGCACAUCUCCAAACAGGAAGCGAGCAUCUCCUCAUCCAUCCAGCAGUUCUUCAGGGAGAACAUUCAGCACCAGUUCCCUAACGACGACUUUGUCUUGGAUGUGUACAGAGACAGCACGGGUCGCGUGUGGCUGAUCGACUUUAACCCGUAUGGCGAGGUUACAGACUCGCUGCUCUUCACGUGGGAGGAGUUAACAUCUGGAACCAAUCUUUCGUUACAGGAUGGUCCUGCUUUCCGUUACACCACCAGCGAAGUAACCGUCCAGCCAAGUCCGUGUUUGUCUUAUCGAAUCCCGCGAGACUUCCUAGACCUGUCCACUGGAGAGGACGCUUAUAAACUGAUCGAUUUCCUCAAACUGAAAAAAGGUCAACAGGAGGAGGAAGAGGAGGAAGAAGAGCCUCACUUAGCCAGUGUGUGAGAUUAACUACGUCUCAUACAUCAGGAACUCCCGUUUCCCAGCAUUCAUUUCUUCCUCUGUCAAAUCACUGGGAGCGUUUCCUUCAUUUCCCACCAUACAAAUGUACAUAGUGUAAACUUCCACAGGCUGCAGCAGGUGAUAUGGUCUUAUCCACAUCCACACAGCCUCUAAAACGCACCCGAGCCCGUUAGCGCACAACGAUGUAAUAUGAUAUUAACCUGUACACUUGUAAGUGUAAUAAAGUGGUUUGAUUUUGUUCUGAAUAAAAAGUACGUUCAUAUAAUUA